AUGGCACCCAAGACGCAGAAGGCUCUCGUCGUUCCAGCCCUCAAGGCCCCUUGGGAGCUCCGCACGGGUUACCCCGUGCCGGUGCCUGGUCUGGACGAAGUGCGCGUACAGGUUAUGGCGACGUCGCUGAACCCCGCGGACUGGAAGAUCCAGAAGAACGGCAUGCCGUUCGUCAAGACUUAUCCCUUCAUUGGUGGUCUUGAUGCGGCCGGGAUAGUCGACGAAGUGGGCGAGAACGUCAAGAACGUCGCGAAGGGCGACAGGAUCAUGUGUGCAGGCGGCUGGGAGCCCAAGUAUGCCGCGUUCCAGGAGUACUUUUUGCACCCCGCAGAUCUCGUGGUCAAAAUUCCCGACAACCUGUCCUUCGACGAGGCGACGACCAUUCCCCUCGUUCUUGCAACUGUCGCGGUACCCAUGUGGAGCAAGUCGCAGAUGGGCCACCUCGGUAUGCCUGCUCCCUGGCACGAGGGCGGUGACCAGUACAGGGGCAAGCCCGCCCUGGUCACAGCAGGUGCGUCUUCCGUCGGCCAGCUCGCGAUCCAGCUCGCGCGCAUGCAAGGAUUCUCCCCGAUCAUCACCACCUGUUCGCCCAAGCACGCAGAGUACCUCGAGUCCCUCGGCGCGACGCACACCCUCGACCGCGCGCUCCCCGAAGCCGCCGCGCUCGCCGCGGUCCGCGCGGCCACCGGCGGGGCUGGCGUCGCGUUCGCGUACGACGUCGUCGGUGCGCGCCCGACCACGCGCCUGUGCUACGUCGCGCUCGCGGACGGGGGCGUCGCGGCGCUCAUGGCGCCCUCGCUCGAGUGCAUCGAGGACCUCAAGCGCGAGGGCGACGGGAAGCGCACGGCGCGGCCGUUUGGGUCCUUCCAGCUUCCCGGGGCGCGCGAGCUCGGGCUCGAGGUCGUCGCGCGCCUGCCGGGGUGGCUCGCGGACGGGACGGUGAGGCCGACGCGAGUUGAGGUGCUACCCGGGGGAUUGAGUGGGAUUCCGGAGGGGCUGGAGAGGAUGGUGAGGAACGAGGUUAGCGGGGUGAAGCUUGUGGUGCACCCGCAUGAGACAGCUUGA